AUGAUCCGAUCUUCCAAGAAGCCCGCGGCGGCGCCCUACAGCAAGGGCAACGCCAACAAGGCUCCCUCGAACCCGCUCUUUGAGAAGCACUCGAAGAGCUUCGGUAUCGGCCAGGACAUCCAGCCCAAGCGUGACCUGACCCGCUUCGUCAAGUGGCCCGAGUAUGUUCGCCUGCAGCGCCAGCGCGUCAUCCUCAACCAGCGCCUCAAGGUUCCUCCGGCGAUUGCCCAGUUCUCCAACACCCUGGACAAGAACACCGCGACGGCCCUGUUCAAGCUCAUGAACAAGUACCGCCCGGAGUCGAAGCAGGAGAAGAAGGCCCGCCUCGACGCGGUCGCCAAGGAGAUUGCUGCCGGCAACAAGGUGGACCCCAAGGCGGAUGGCAAGAAGCCUCUUUUCGUCAAGUACGGUCUGAACCACGCUGUGGCGCUCAUUGAGGCCAAGAAGGCCAACCUCGUGGUGAUUGCCGACGACGUCGACCCCAUUGAGCUGGUCGUCUUCCUCCCGGCCCUCUGCCGCAAGAUGGGUAUCCCCUACGUCAUUGUCAAGUCGAGCUCGCGUCUCGGUGCCGUUGUGCACCUCAAGCGCACUGCCGUCGCCGUCAUCCAGGACGUCCGCUCCGAGGAUGAGCGCGAGCUCGCUGACCUCGUGUCGGCCGCCAAGGCCAACUACCUCGACAAGUACGACGAGGCCCGCCGCCACUGGGGUGGUGGUAUUCGUGGCAACAAGUCUAUCGAGAAGCUCCGUAAGCGCGAGAAGGCCGCUGGCCGCAACGUGGUUACCGAGAACUAA